AUGUGGUGUCCCAUCGUCCUACUAUUAGCCGGCAUUUUAUUCCCAGCCACUGGUACACUUCUUCACGUUUCUAACAAACUUUUCAAGAAAUGUGUCAUCACGUUUUUCCAGUAUUCUCCGCCGCGCCGUGCUCCUCGAAAAUCUAUCAGGGAGCGUUCAAAAACUUGGUGUGCGUGUGCAAUGCCACGUUUUGCGACGAGAUCGAACCGAUCGGGCCGAUCGCCGAGGCAAAGGCAGUUGUGUAUCGAUCGACGCUGGACGGCGAACGACUCAGGCGCAUGAGUUUCAAGAUGCGCAAGAGCGGCGGCGAGAACGAUGAAGGUAGGCGUCGCGUCGGAAACCGGAACACGGAACUCGGAAAAUACAGUAAUCGGUUGCAGUGAACGUCACAAUCACCGUCGACACUUCCGAACGCUUCCAGACGAUUAUCGGGUUCGGCGGCGCGUUCACCGAUUCGGCCGGCGAUCAACUGGCGGCCGUGACGGACCGUCUCGCCGAUCGCAUCCUGAAUGCGUACUUUGGCGCCGACGGACUCGAGUACAAUAUCGGACGAGUGCCGAUGGCCAGCUGCGACUUUUCGACGCACGAGUACAGCUACGACGACGUGCGCGAUGACUUUGAGCUCAAAAACUUUGCGUUGCCUGAAGAGGAUCUGAAGUUGAAAGUUGGCAAAUAGUGUGUUGCUCUGAAUUCAUUUCACGCUGUUCUAGAUUCCAUUUAUCCAAAAAGCAAUCGAGAAAAGCGGCGGGAAACUUCAGUUGUUCGCGAGUCCCUGGUCGGCUCCGGGAUGGAUGAAGGUGACGGGACGGAUGCGGGGCGGCGGCGCGAUGAGGAACGAUUCAAGGGUUUAUAAGGCUUAUGCCGAGUACUUUAUCAAGUAGGUUUUCCGAAAUCGGCACAGUUUCAAAAGUUGUACAAAUGUGCUUAUAGUGCCGCGUCCAAAGUCUCGGAAAACGCGCAAAUCUCGCGGAUUUUGCAGACCAAAGUCGGCAGAAAUUUGCGGGAAAUCCGGGGUGCGCACAGCUGAACGAGUGUUACCGUACACCAUAAAACUACGGUAUUUUUUUGAAAAAAAUUUAAAUUUCUCGAGAAUAAUUGAAAUUUUUUUCAAAUUUCUUGGGUAAAUUUUUCAACGGUAUUUUUCUGAAAAAAAUUUAAAUUUCUCGAGAAUAUUUGAAAUUUUUUUCAAAUUUCUUGGGUAAAUUUUUCAACGGUAUUUUUUUGAGAAAAAUUUAAAUUUCUCGAGAAUAUUUGAAAUUUUUUUCAAAUUUCUUGGGUAAAUUUUUCAACGGUAUUUUUUUUGAAAAAAAAUUUAAAUUUCUCGAGAAUAUUUGAAAUUUUUUUCAAAUUUCUUGGGUAAAUUUUUCAACGGUAUUUUUUUGAAAAAAAUUUAAAUUUUUUUCGAGAAUAAUUGAAAUUUUUUUCAAAUUUCUUGGGUAAAUUUUUCAACGGUAUUUUUUUGAAAAAAAAUUUAAAUUUCUCGAGAAUAAUUGAAAUUUUUUUCAAAUUUCUUGGGUAAAUUUUUCAACGGUAUUUUUUUGGAAAAAAAUUCAAAUUUCUCGAGAAUAAUUGAAAUGUUUCAAAUUUCUUGGGUAAAUUUUCAAAAAAUACAGUCGUUUUAUGGUGUACGGUAACACUCGUUCAGCUGUGCGCACCCCGGAUUUCCCGCAAAUUUCUGCCGACUUUGGACUGCAAAAUCCGCGAGAUUUGCGGGUUUUGCGAGACUUUGAACGCGGCAGAGCGGUUUAGAGCGUUUUUAGACCUCAAAAAUUGAGAUUUUCAGAUUCUUCGAGGCCUACUCCUCGCACAACAUUCCGUUCUGGGGUCUGACGAUCCAAAAUGAGCCGUCGAGCGGCGCCGAUAUGACGUGGCGCUGGCAGACGAUGAACUACACGGCGGAGACGAUGCGCGACUUUCUCCGGGACUAUCUCGGUCCGCGGUUGAAGGAGACCGAGUUGACCGAGAAGUUGAAGGUGAUGAUACUGGACGACGGGCGCGGAUUGUUGCCCGGCUGGGCCGACACCAUUUUCAACGAUACGGAGGCGAGGAGGUACGCGGACGGAGUGGCCGUUCACUGGUACGGGAACAUGUACUCGCCGGCGGUCCUGCUCGAUAUCACCCAGCGACACCACCCGGACAAGUUUAUUUUUGGCACUGAGGUGAGUGUAAUCGAGUGUUUCGUCGCAUUGAACUCUCCGUUUGCAGGCGUGCGCCGGCUACUUUGGCCACCACGGCCCGAUCAUGGGCGACUGGUUCCGUGCGGAGGGCUACGCGGACGACAUCAUCACCGACCUGAACCAUCACGUCUCCGGCUGGACCGACUGGAACCUGUGUCUCGACGAGACGGGCGGUCCCAACUGGGCCUACAACGUCGUCGACGCGCCGAUCAUUGUGAAUCGGACCGCCGACGAGUUCUACAAACAGCCAAUGUUCUACGCGAUGGGCCACUUCAGGUAGGCGCAACAAUUUGCCCAAAACCGCUCCUAUUUUGCAGCAAGUUCUUGCCACGUGGCUCGACCCGGGUCCUCUCGCUGGUGCGCGGAAACCUUGCCGUCUCGGCCGUCAGUGUGGUCAUCGAAGGCGGCCGCCGUGCCACCGUAAUCCUGUCCAAGUCCGCGAGCUCUCUUUCCGCCCGAAUCGUCGACGGCUCCACCGGACUCUCGCUCACUUUGACCCUUCCGCCAAGAUCGAUUCACACUGUCAUUUGGGAGAAGCGCAAAUAA